CUCUCCCGCACAUGUAUAUAUACAUCUGCAUACAACAAAUUGUACAUGGACAAAAUUUUUGAAUUACUAUGCUGAUCCAAGAACACAAUCUCUUGCUUUAGCAAAGAAAGGGAAAAGAUUUCUUACCUUUUAGUUGUCCGAUUCCCUUCUUAAAAAAAAAAAUAGCAAUCAGUAUAAGAUUAUCCUCCUUUAAGGAGAGGAAAAUGGGGGAUCACUUUGUUUUGCUGGUUGAUCGUUUGCUGACUGAAUCGACAUUAAGGGCCACAAUUGAGAGUGGAAAUUUAUUAAACGAUCACUAUGAUGAAACGAUCAUAGAUUGUUCUGUACAAGAUAAUUAUGAAGCUAGUUGUUUAUCUCCAAGGAAAUUGGUGGAGUGCAGGAUAUGCCAGGAUGAAGAUUUCAAUUCGAAUAUGGAGGCUCCUUGUUCUUGCUCUGGGAGCUUAAAGUACGCUCACCGAAAAUGUGUACAAAGAUGGUGCAAUGAGAAGGGUGAUACCAUUUGUGAGAUAUGCCAUCAGCAAUUCAAGCCGGGAUAUAUAGCGCCGCCUCCAAUAUUUCGUUUUGGUGGACUUCCCAUGAAUAUAAGGGGAAAUUGGCAGAUUUCUGCAAGAGAUUUGAAUAAUCCUCGCAUAAUUGCAAUGGUCUCGACUAAUCACAGUUUAUUGGAUGAUGAUUAUGAUGAGUACGAGUUUUCUACAUCACGAAGAAUAAUUUGCUGCUGUGCAGUUGCCAUAAUAGCUAAUGAGUUGACCUCUGUGCCCGAUGAAGAAGAUGGUCAAAUGACUCUGCAUCAGCCCCGUGUUAUUACCGUGCAUUAAAAUGAAGCAUAUCGUUCGACUUUUGAUUUUAUUCGGUCUUUCGGGUUAAUGCCGAUGAUGAGAAGUCGUGUUGUUUUUUUUUUUUUUUAAUCAAAUGUUAAAACCCACUGUGAAUUUCUGUUAAAUAGAAAAGAAUAUUGUAUAUAAAAGAAGGAAAAAAGAAAUGGAGCU